AUGGCUACUACUGCAGAAUUACUCCCAGAGCUGUCCAUGGUCUCCGGACCACAACCGUCACCACUAUGGCUCAAAACCAUCGGCUCCCUAAUCGAAGAACAGGCACAGCAGUACCGCGACAAUGUAGCCGUGUCAUUCCCCUGGCAAGGCGUCCGCCUGACGUACCAUGAACUUGCGCAACGGAGUCGCAUCGUCGCAAGGUCUCUAUCGCGGCUGGGUCUGCACAAGGGCGGUUGUGUAGGCAUCAUGGCCGGGAACUGCUAUCAGUAUAUUGAGACGUUUCUCGGGAGCGGCCGUGCUGGGUGUCCAGUGGCUGUUCUUAAUAACACCUAUAGUCCAGAGGAGUUACUUCGUGCCAUUAAGAUUUGUCGCUGCAGGGUCCUCUGCAUGUCUGUGUCCAUUGGGAAGAAGUCUCUGGAAGAACAUAUUCGACUGGUUCGGGAUAGCGACGCAGAGCUUCAGUAUAUCGUGUUGUUUUCUGGGUCUUUCGAGUCAAAUGGCGCUGUCAGGAUUGUAUCCUACAACGACUUCACGUCGCGGGGGACGUCUGUGGCCGGAGAUGAAGCCGUCUUGAUGCAAAGAGAAGUCUCUAUUCAACCCGAUGACCUGCUCAAUUUACAAUUCACCUCAGGAACCACCGGAGACCCCAAAGCCGCAAUGCUAACACACAUCAACCUGAUCAAUAACGGCCGCUUCGUUGCCGACAGAAUGCAGCUCACACCCCACGACAUCGUCUGCUGCCCCCCACCACUCUUCCACUGCUUCGGCCUGGUAAUGGGCUUCCUGGGCGCCUUCACGCACGGCAGCUCCAUCGUCUUCCCCUCGGACCAAUUCGACGCCGACCGCGUCCUAGACGCCAUUGCGGCAGAGAAAUGCACCGCGCUCCUAGGUGUCCCGACAAUGUUCGUAGCAGAGCUAGAAGCAAAGCAGAACAAGCCCUACAAGAUCAACACGGUGCGCACGGGUCUUGCGGCGGGCUCGCCCGUGCCGCAUGUCGUGGUGGAGCAUCUCGAAGCCGAAAUGGGGAUCACGGGCAUGCUGAUCGCGUACGGCAUGACGGAGACGAGCCCGGUUACGUUUAUGACGGCGCUGGAGGACUCGCAUGAGCGUCGGCUUAAGUCCAUUGGGACCGUGAUGCCGCAUACGCGCGCUAAGAUCAUUGACCCGCACGGCCAUGUUGUUCCACGGGGGGUACGAGGGGAGAUUUGCACGAGUGGAUAUGCGCUGCAAAAGGGGUACUGGCAGAACGAGGAGAAGACCCGAGAGGUGAUGAAGGUUGACGAAAACGGGAUUGUAUGGAUGCAUACUGGCGACGAGGGAAUGAUUGACAGCGAGGGCUACUGUUCCGUGACGGGACGGAUCAAGGAUAUUAUCAUCAGGGGGGGUGAGAACAUCUUCCCCGCCGAGAUCGAGGAGCGUCUGCUCGAGCACCCAUCCAUCAAUGAGGCCAGCGUCGUGGGCAUGCCGGACGACAAGUACGGAGAAGUUGUCGGCUGUUUCCUGCACCAGUCGCCGUCGUGUCCUGGUCGGCCCUCGUCGGCUGAGGUACAGAACUGGGUUAAGCAGGCGAUGGGCAGCCACAAGGUGCCCAAGUACGUCUGGUGGAUUGGAGACCCUGGUGUUGGGAAGACGUUUCCCAAGACGGGGAGUGGGAAGUAUCAGAAGCAUAUUCUGAAGGAGAUCGGGCAUCGUUUGCUGAAGAACCAGAGGGCUCCGGCGAAACUGUAG